CUCUUUGUCAUUUUUAAUGCGCCAAGCACGCUGUGUGUGGUCUGCAACUCUGUCAAUAAACGAAUUAAGUUACUUCAGAAACAAAGCCGGAUGAAUGAAUUUUCUUGCCAUUGAUUACAAGUGCCAGAGGAAAUGUAUCAGCGCUAUUUUAUUUGGUAUCCAUUAUCAUGAGAGCUUGUUAUCAUCACCGAAUCAGCGUAUAUAGUGUAGAUCAAAAUGCCGCAUUAUAUUGAUCGAAUCGCUGUAGCCCUUCUUCGCCCACUCCGUCGGCUUCGUUUUAACGAGGUAGGGCUAUUCGCUCCUUGGUGGAAGUCCAUAUCCAACGGCAUCGCUGUGUCUCGAUCUCAUCAUCACAGACUUUGCUGUUAUACUUAUAUCAAACGGACUUACACGGCAUCCAGGCAGCAUAUUAUACACAAACUGAAAAAUAUAAGUGCUGACAACUUCCAAGAUGAUAAAUACGCGUCUUCUUUUUCUUCAUGUCUUGAAAAUCAAAGAACAAUUUUUGCUUUAGCUAGUGGACAUGGAAAAUGUGGAGUUGCAAUUGUGAGAGUUUCUGGUCCUCAAGCAAAUAUGGUUCUUGAGAGAAUGAUUCCUAGAAAGAGAGCUGUUGGAGUCAGACAAGUAGUUUUAUCUCCCAUUCAUGAUCCCACAACAAAUGAAUUAAUUGAUCAUGGGUUGAUAAUGUGGUUUACUGGUCCUAAUAGUUUUACAGGAGAAGAUGUCUGUGAGCUACAGGUUCAUGGUGGACCAGCAGUAAUUGCUGCUCUCUAUGCUGCGCUUAGAAAACUUGAUGGAUUUUAUCUUGCAGAACCUGGAGAGUUUUCAAAGAGAGCAUUUUACAAUGGUAAGCUUGACCUGACUGAAGUUGAAGGCCUUGGUGAUUUGAUUCAGGCCGAGACCGAAGCCCAGAGACAACAAGCUGUACGUCAGAUGUCUGGAUUCCUUAGUCAACUCUAUGAAGGAUGGAGAGCCAGGCUCAUUAGGACAGUCGCACAUGUUGAGGCAUUCAUUGACUUCAGUGAGGAUGAAAAUAUUGAGGAAGGAGUUUUAGAUAGAGCAAGGGAGGAAGUCGGGCAACUAUUGACUGAAGUUAGACGGCAUCUACAGGAUGGCAGGAAAGGUGAAAGGUUACGGAGCGGAGUUCAUGUCACCAUAGCUGGUCAACCCAAUGUUGGGAAGAGUACACUACUGAAUGCUCUAUGUCAGCGUCCUGCUGCUAUUGUGUCGCCCAUUGCUGGAACCACCAGGGAUGUGGUGGAAUCAGCUCUUAACAUCGGUGGGUAUCCAGUCUUACUCAGUGACACGGCGGGGAUACGGGAAAGUCUUGAUGAGAUUGAGAUGGAAGGAGUCAGAAGGGCCAGGGAGAGAACAAACCUAUCUGACCUUGUCAUCUAUAUGCUUGAUGCCACAACGCUCCGCGUUGAUACAUCUCCUGAGGACAUCCUACAUCAGAUUGAUUCUUGUGUUGAAGAAUCCAAACUAUGGCAGAACACUGAUCAGGAUGUGUGUGACAGCUCCAAUAGGGAUGUGAUAGCGAUAGUUAAUAAAGUGGACCUACUGGAUGAGAGGUCAAAGACACUGCUUCGUUCUGUCACCGAGGAUGUCUCGAGGUGGCACAGCAAUGGAGAGAGUGAAAGGCUGGUUGUCUUGUCUCUGUCCUGUAAAACAGAGGAAGGGAUGGAUGGAUUCAUGCACUUACUCCAAGAAAAGUUAAAGGAGAUGUGCAGCAAUCCUACCUCUUCAGACCCAUACCUAACACAGGAGCGCCAUCGCAACCAUCUCAUGGAGAGCGCCCUCUCUCUGGAAUCAUUUGAAAAGCGAGAUGAUCUCGUAAUGGCUGCGGAGGAGUUGAGGAUCGCCCUACGGCAUCUUGGGAAGAUAACUGGUCAUGUGACUACAGAAGAGGUGCUGGAUGUCAUUUUCAAAGAUUUUUGUAUCGGGAAAUGAUUUUUUUUUUUAAUACAGUUGCAAUCUCCUAGCCAUAGGCCAUUAGCUCUUUCAAUUUACAUUACAUGUAAAAAAAAAUUAAAAUAAAAAAACAUUUAAAAAUCUUUGGGGGAGCUUAUGACACACCCUCCCCCUCCUGUCU